GUUCGUCAUGGAACGGCAUAAGGGACGGCGAAGGGGCAAAUUCGCAUGAUGAUCGAGCCAGGAUCUGGACUCGACGAUGCAAACGAAUGGACAUGACCAAGGAAGGUCCGCGUUGAUCGUCUAUGGAACCGAGACCGGCACUUCACAGGACUUUGCCGAAGAGAUUGGUCGCUGUCUGGAGCGACUUCACUUCGAUACCGAUGUCGCGGGACUCGACGCCGUAAGCUACAACGACCUUGCACCGUAUGCUCUCACGGUUUUGGUCAUCGCGACCACAGGCCAAGGAGACUUCCCAGAGAAUGCUAGACGAUUUUGGACCAGCCUUUUGCGCAAGAAAUUGUCCCCGGCUACCCUGUCCGGCGUAGACUACGCCCUAGUUGGGCUGGGCGACAGUUCUUACCCAAAAUUCAACUGGGCGGCGAGGAAGCUGGACAAGCGUCUAAGCCAGCUGGGUGCGAUCUCGUUGCUCGACUCUUGCGAGGCCGAUGAACAAGGCGAUGAGGGUACCGAUGGCGCUGUUCUAGCCUGGCUUGAGGAGUUUAGAAAGACAGUCUUGAACGAGUUUCCGCUUCCUGAGGGUCGAGAGCCAAUUGCGUACGGCGUCUUCCUCCCUAGUAAAUGGCGCCUCGAGCUGGUGUCUGCGACUGAGACCGUCACAGAAGUCGCCAAUGGCAAUGGCUCGCAUACGCCGGCUGCGGGAUCUUCUUCUUCGAACACAUUCGAGGCGACUCUCACAACGAACCAACGAGUGACAGCGUCCGACCAUUUUCAAGACGUCCGCUUCAUGUCCUUCAAGACGCCUCACACAAUCAACUACAUGCCGGGCGAUGCCCUCGCAAUAUCCCCACAGAACAUGUCGAUCGACGUUACGUUCCUGAUAGAACGAAUGGGCUGGCAAGAUGUCGCCGACUCACCCAUACGUCUGGUCUCAAUCAGAAAGUCCCCAACGCCCAACUCAGCUCGUCUGGUUACAAGCCCUAUUUUCAGCAAGGCAGACCUUACCCUCCGCACUCUCCUGACCGAAUACAUAGACAUCAACGCCAUCCCUCGCCGAUCUUUCUUCGCCGCAAUAGCAAACUACACAGCUGACGAAAUGCACAAAGAACGACUUCUGGAGUUCACCGACCCGCAAUAUCUAGACGAAUACUACGACUACGCUACUCGUCCGCGGCGAAGUAUCCUAGAGAUCCUCCAGGAGUUCGACUCAGUGCAUCUCCCCUGGCAAGAAGUCACGAAUAUCUUCCCACCAAUGCGGCCGCGACAAUUCAGCAUAGCAAGUGGCGGCGAGUCGAAACACGCAGAUGACGGCUCGACGAUCUUCGAACUCUUGAUCGCAAUUGUCAAGUACAGGACAGUCAUCAAGAGGAUCCGAGAAGGUGUGUGCACGAGAUAUCUUGCACAAUUACCCGUUGACACAAAACUUCAAGUAUCUCUGAAGACAGAAGGUCGAUUCUCGAAACCUUCGGAACUGGCUGGCCAAGCACACCUCCUUGUUGGUGCUGGUACAGGCAUUGCGCCUCUGCGUGCUUUGAUUCAAGAAAAGGCAGCCCAAGCUAGCAAAACAGCGCUUGUAUUUGGUUGUCGCAGCGAGAAGGCAGAUUAUUUCUUUCACGACGAAUGGCCCGCGCUCAGCUCUCCUGCCGAGGGGUCGAACGAGGCUAGUCUGGAAGUUAUCACUGCGUUCUCACGAGAUCAAAAGGCCAAGGUCUACAUACAAGACCGCAUUCGCGAGCGCAGCGAUCUAGUCUGGGAGUAUCUGCGAGAGCGCGAUGCAACGAUCAUUGUGUGUGGUUCGUCAGGACAAAUGCCGAAGGCGGUUCGGCAGGCAUUGGCCGAUGCGCUUUUGGAGCAGGCACAGAAAAGAAAGGCCGAGUCUCCAACAAAGAGUAUAGACACAGCGGGGUCUGAUGACGAAGAGUCAGACGAACCGAUAGAGGAUCACGAGGAUGCCGAGAAGUAUCUCGCAAGGCUGGAGAAAGAAGGACGGUAUAAACAGGAGACGUGGUCGUGACAUGCCACCGUAUAAGAAGUUGUGAUAGACUGUGAAAGACAGCGAUGGAAUCACAAAAUUUUGUGCAAGACACACAUUUCAUGAUCCUUGCUAGAGAGCAGGAGAUAUCAUCUUAGAAUACUGCGUACAACACUAUGAUAAGUCGUAGGACAU